UCAUCGGAUUGUCAGCUGGAAUUCGGAAAGAGAUAUUCCUCAGGAUUUCCAUUUCUGCUAUGUUUCAGUACCACUGGAGGCUGGAGCAAUGGCUUCCCUUAGCCAAAUAUUCCUUAUUAUGAUGAUUAUGAUGUCUUCUUCUUCUUUUCCUUUCUGUUCCGGUGGAAGUCGGAAGGAACUCCGAGAUAAAGAAAAUAGGGUGGGCACACAGUCGAUUUAUGAUUUUGGAUCUAAAUCUGUGGACCCGAGACGUGUUCUUCAACUUUCAUGGCAACCAAGGUCAGGGUCUUCCUUUACCGUGGGUUCUUGUCAGAGGAAGAGUGUGAUCAUCUGAAAUCUCUGAGAAAAGAAAAUUCAGAGGUUAACUCAGGGGAUGCUGAUGGAAUGACGCAACUUUCAAGUUCUGGGUACGCCUUAAAUGUGCCGGAUCCAGUAGUUGCUGGGAUUGAAGAAAGAAUUUCUGCGUGGACUUUCCUCCCAAGAGAAAACAGCGGUCCGAUCAAGGUAACAAGUUACGCUUCAGAGAAGUCAGGCAAAAAGUUGGAUUAUUUUGGAGAAGAAUCUAGCUCGGAAACGCAUGAAUCUUUGUUGGCUACCGUGAUUCUGUACGUCUCAGACACAACUGAAGGCGGAGAGCUUCUCUUCCCAAACUCGGAGUUAAAACCCAAAAAGAGUUGGUCCGAAUGUUCAGAAACCGGUAACAUCUUAAGACCGGUAAAAGGAAACGCGGUUCUGUUCUUCACAAGACACUUGAAUGCAUCUCUGGAUCAGACAAGCACUCAUUUUAGAUGCCCUGUGCUGAAAGGGGAACUGUUGGUGGCGACAAAACUGAUAUAUGCGAAGAAACAAGAGAGAAACGAUGAGAGUGGUGGUGGUGAAUGCAGUGAUGAAGAUGAGAAUUGUCGACGAUGGGCUGAGCUUGGGGAGUGCAAGAAAAACCCUGUCUUUAUGAUUGGCUCUCCUGACUACUUCGGUACAUGCAGAAAGAGCUGCAACGCUUGUUGAUUCUUGAAAGGAUUCUCAUCAUAUUUGAUCAUUGGACCAUAACUGAAACAUUUUCAAUACUUCAGCUGUUUUUUUUUUUGGGGUUUGGUAUAUGAUGGGAUAUAAAUGUGAAUAGUGCAUUCAUUUUCCAAAAAGUAUAAGAGCAUCUCCAAUGGUUGAGACCCAUUGGAGCUCUUGAUUCUU